AUGGAGUCUGUCUCCGACGGUACCCCGGCGCCUUAUGGCAGGGCUUGUACUAACUGCGCUAAAGCCAAGUGCAAAUGCACGCUGAGGAGCGUUGGAGGCGCAUGUGAAAGGUGUCAUCGACUCAGCAAAACAUGUCAGUCAGCAUCCAGCGUAAGAAAACGAUCCAAGAAGCAAGUCAACAGUCGUACUGCUCAUCUGGAGAAGAAGCUAGAUCAUCUUGCUGUUCUCCUGAGGGCCUCAGGGCAUGGAAACCUCUCUACAGAUCUUGAAAGUUCCGUGUCAGGUGACCCCGCCUCUUUAACUGAAGGAUCAACAACACCACAUGAGGACGCAAACUAUGCAUCAAUAUCUCAGUCCACAAAUCCAAUUUGCCAGGGCACACCGGCCUCAUCUACACAAGUUCAUGGCGGAAUCUAUAGCUACAGUCUCACGUCUGGGCCUGAACCUACACAACAAGAGGCCGAACUUCUUUUCAUAAAUUUUCGAGACGGUCAUUUGCGAUACUUUCCCUUUGUCGACCUCUCACGGUAUGCCUCAGCACUACAAAUGCGUCAGGAGCGCCCAUUUCUCUGGCUGUGUAUCAUGGCCAUCUCGACGCGGUCAAGACCUCUACAGCUGGAUAUGAGCGAGCGCAUCCGAUGGAUAAUCAGUCAGAAACUCAUGAUGGAACAUGAAAGAAACAUGGAUUACCUUCUUGGUCUCAUUGCAUUCAUGGCGUGGAUCAACGUACAACCGGGCUCAAAGCCCUUCUUUUGCUUCUACACACAACUCGCGAUUGCGCUAGUCUACGAUCUUGGCCUCACCAAAGAGCUCUCUAAGUUCUCUACACCACUUUUGUAUUGGAAAUCCAUCGGCCUCAACAGCCCCUGCUCUACCCUCUCUCCCCCACGGACAAUGGAGGAACGACGCACCGUCUUGGCAGCAUAUCUCCUGAACGCAACUGUUGCAUCCUUUGUCAAGAAAAUGGACAUUAUGCGCUGGACAAAACAUAUGGACGAUUGUCUGGACGUACUCGAGAAGUCAGAAGUGAUACCAAACGACCGCGCCCUUAUAGCCAUGGUAAGAAUGCAGCUCAUUCACGACGAGGCUACCAACAUCUAUUCGCCUCGCGACACGAUAAGGUUGGCCUCACCACCACCUACUUUUGUACUUCAAGGGCGCUGGUCCUUUGGAAGCUACACGCAGUUUAUCAGGUUCUGGCACAAGAGGCCAAAGGCAAUGCGUCUUGAGGCCCUGUUUGCCUGCCUUAACAGCAUCAAAUCAUGGUUUGACCUUGCCUUAGUUAUACCGCUCUCUACAUGCCCCGACUAUGGGCUUACAUUCUUCGCGCAAAUGUCGCAUUGUGCCAUCAAUCUCCACCGUCUCCAGACAAUGGACGAUCCCAUCUGGGACAUUGCCACUGCGCGCACCAUCAUCGGCCUUCCCCAAGUGUUGGAAAAGCUCGCAGUACGGUGCACAGUAGCUGCAGACCUAGCCACGGUGCCCCCCAACGACAAUGAGGAGUUCACAUUCGUCAAGGCGGCGAAGAUGCUUCGUAUGAUGAAAUCUUUUUGGGAGAAGGAGAUGGCAGAGCGAAUGGCAAAGACGAAACGGGAGGCAACGGGUCUACCAACACCGGCUACGCAAGGCACUUCCAUACCCCUAGACGGCGUUGAGCUUGCGGACUUCGAUGGAGAGCUACUGGAUGACGAAUGGUUCGCGCAUAUUUUUACGCCAAUGGACCUUUAG